AUGCUCUCAACUGCUAACGGAGAAAUUACAGCGCCGGCGCCCGUCUUUCUUCCGUCGGACCGGUCGCCGGACCCUGCACCUAAUCCAACGACGGCGGACCUGACCCCUGGGAUAGAGCAGGUGGCCGCGGUCACCAAUUCCUCGAGUAUGGUUAUUGACGCUGCUCCUCUGUCUUUGUCUCCGCAGGUUACCGAGGCUAUGGCGAUGAUGGAACAAGCAGAUCAGGGAGCGAAGAAAGAUCGGCCACAACCUUUUUCGUAUGCAACGGCGGUGACAGGGGGGAUGUCCUUGAUCCCUUCUCCAGAUCCAGCGCGCAUUUGGACGCCGGUAGGAGAACACGACUUGGUGUCUGACAACGAGCAUGACUAUUAUCGGGCUCUCACAGAUGGCCCCUGGGUUAUCUACGAUCAUUAUUUGGUGGUUCAGCAGUGGUCCCCUCGCUUCAAGGCGUCCGAUCCACUUCCCAAGACGAUGAUCGUCUGGGUGCAACUACCGGCCUUGAAAAUUCACUUCUACCACAAAGAGAAAGUGGAGUAUGAGAACCUACCGGAAGUGUGUUUCAACUGUGGAAAAAUUGGGCAUGCUCGGAAUGCUUGCCCGAAGCUACAACCAGAGGCAACUUUGGCAUUGACGGCGAUCGGAGAAAAGUCUCCGUUGCAACACACGGCAGCAUCACCGGGAAACGUGUGCUCAUCUCUGCCGGCGGACAGCAAUCCCGGAUUUGGGCCGUGGAUGUUGGUGACGAGGAAGAGUCGGCGAAAUUCCAGGGAAAUCGGGCGAAAAGGGAAGACGAAGAGUGAUUUGGAGAAUCAAAAUAAGGCAGCUACUAGGCAAUCGGGGAAAGGUGGCAUGCCCAUGGAAGAAAUUUCUCAGGAUUCACCUACCCAGAAGAUUCCCAACGGCCCAUUACCCCAUGUGGAGCCAACCCCAAAAAGGAAAGGCGCGAACGGCGGCAAAGGGAACAUGGAGAACAGACGCGGCAAGGAGAAGGUGGAAAAUGUGAUUGCAGAUAAGGGCAAGGGGGUCAUUGGGUCGAUGCCCACUUACCAAAAGGCUGACAGCUUUGGACCAGGGCCUGUUUCAAAAACUAACGAGGCCUCUACCUCAGACCAAUCGGCGGCCCAACGGAUAUUGUCUCUAGCCGCCACAGGCCCAGGCUCACCAGUCUUGAGGAAUCGGCAGCCCAACUCCCUUCACCACCCUCGGUCCGCACCGUCACGGGGGCAAAUGGCACCGUAA